AAACCCAGAGUUCCUUCUUUUUUUUUUUGAAGUAAAAGAGUUCCUUCUUUUUAAUCCCAGGUCCCAGGCCAGGCUCUCCCCACCGGCGAUAGGGAGAGACGACGCCACAAGAAAACAACAAGAAAUCCGCCGCGGAAUUCCGGAUUAAAAUAAGGCUUCCUUUUUAUUCUUCUGCGCUGUUCUCUUGUGAGGAGGAGAGGAGAGAGGGCUGCGCUGGGCAGCAAAUGCUUAGCUCAGGACAUCAGUUUUGAGACGCAGAGGAGUACUGUGGCAGAACAACCUGAAUUAUCCCGGCUCAAGUGCGCUGGCCAUCACCAUAAAGGCAACACCGACACAAAUGCACUUCAAACGGAACAAUUCUUGGUCUGUCGGGUAACGUCCCGAUACAACCACCGGUUCUCAGAUCGAACAAGCAUACCCCACACAAAGGUGUGUUAGAUUGGAAGUUCAAACGAUAACUUGCUUUAAGGUUCAAGAGCAAACGAAGACAUGGAGAGGGAAGUCAUGGCCUCCUACGAAACCAAGAAAAACUGCGAAGUUAGGGUAUUUGAGAGUUCAUACGAGAUGGCAACAGAUCUGGCAGAGUUUAUUUCACAAAUUUCUGAAAUUUCUGUUAAGGAAAGAGGAUACUUUGUUAUUGCUCUCUCCGGAGGGCCUCUUACCAGACAUAUGCGGAAGCUCUGUGAAGUACCAUACAACAAGACCCUUGAUUGGUCUAAAUGGUACGUCUUCUGGGCUGAAGAACGUGCAGUAGCAAAGAACCAUUCAGAAAGUAACUACAAAUUAACAAAGGAAGAAUUUCUCUCCAAGGUGCCUAUUCUUAAUGGUCAUGUCUACUCCAUCAACGACAACGCAACGGUGGAAGAGGCAGCAACUGACUAUGAAUUUGUCAUCAGGCAGCUGGUCAAGAUUCGAACAGUUGGUGUCUCGGAGAGCAACGACUGUCCCAAAUUUGACCUCAUUCUUCUGAACAUUGGUCCUGAUGGUCACGUAGCCUCAUUGUUCCCCAAUCAUCCAGCUCUUGAGCUGAAAGAUGACUGGGUCACCUACGUCACCGACUCUCCAGAGCCUCCGCCUGAGAGGAUUACCUUCACUCUUCCCGUGAUAAACUCGGCGUCGAACAUCGCCAUUGUUGCCACUGGAGAAGACAAGGCAAAAGCUGUGUCUUUUGCCAUUUCCGACUGUAACGAAGGCCUAGGUGCGACAUCAGUACCUGCUAGGAUGGUUCAGCCAACGGACGGGAAGUUGGUAUGGUUUCUGGAUGAGGCGGCUGCCUCAUCUCUUGAGGCUGGGAAUGAUGCUUACGAGCACCAGUACUGAGAGUCAGACAAGCGUCGAAGCUGGACAUCCUUUUUUUUUUUUUGGCUGUGAAUGAAGAACUCAUGUAGUUGAUGGGUUACUUUGGACGGAAGAAGUUUUGGGCUGGGAUUUUCUGAGAAAUCGAAAAAUUUCCAUGUCUUGUGCUAUUGGAUCUGGCCAAGAAUGAUGCAGCAUGUGCUUUUUAUGUCGAGAUCUGAAGUACCAGAGUAGCCAAAGUUCUUUCUAGAAAAAAGAGUAGCUAAGUUGGACUGUUGGUCAUAUGAUACCGUUUAGUGUGGCAUCACCAUCAGUACGUUUUUAUCUCAGUUGAUUGAAAUUAGAUUCCAUAAAUACUAGUUGAAUGCCCGUGCGUUGCAACGGGUGUUAAAAUUUUUUCA